AUUACUACUACUACUUUGCCCAGCAUGUUGUCGCUUCUGAAAAAGUUAAACUUGAAGCGUCAUUUGUGUAUGUCAUUGUUCAGACCUGAGACAGUGCUCCCCAAAUUUUGCAGUGUAUGUCGGUACUAGAUAUCAGGCAAGAUGUCCAUAGAUUUCAAAGGUUCCGAGAAAAAGCUGUCAAGAGCCGUCCUUGACCUAAAGUUUAUGAAAAAGAGCAAAGAGAAACGUGAGAUACUUGACGAUGCAGAGGAACGUCAGCAACUUUACAAAGGGCAGCUCAGCAUGCUACACGAAGGAGCGGACAGAAUUGUUAUGCUGAGCUCAUAUGUUGACUGCAUGAAAUUCUUGCCAUGUCGUCUUUCGUUUGGCGGAAUGGAUCCCGAGGUAGAAAAAUUGAAUCAAGACAAAUUAAUUGGCUUAUACAAAGAUGUUAGACCAGCAUCUUCAGUCCCAUCUGGUGAAAACAUCACAGGAAUGGAUGCUGAUGUUGAUGAAGAAGAAAUGGCUGAAAGCUGCUUGACUGCUAAUAUUAGAAAAAAGUUUGGCAUCAAGAGGAAGAGUCAACCAGACGAUGACGAUUUUCAAGAGGAUGGCCAUCAAGACAAGAAAGUAGCCCUCGGGGGCGACGACAAAAAGAAAUUCAGAGGCCCCAAGGCCUGUGAAAGAAGUCUUUUGAGAGGACCAAUUGGAGGUGGUAGAGGAGACCUCAGAGGGAGAGGUAGAGGAGAUUUCAGAGGGAGAGGCAGAGGAGAUUCCAGAGGGAGAGGCAGAGGAGAUUCCAGAGGGAGAGGCAGAGGAGAUUCCAGAGGGAGAGGCAGAGGAGAUUUUUCUGGCAGGGGCAGAAGAGAUUUCCAAGGAAGGGGAAGAGGUGACUUCAGAGGAAGAGGCAGAGGAGACUUCCCAAGAAGGGGCACUGGAGGUUUCCAAGGAAGAGGCGGGGCCAGCUUCCAAGAAGGAGAAAGGAGGGACUUCAAAGAGGAAGGCAGGAACCGCUUCCAAAGACCAGAUGAGGAAUCAGAACAUGCUGAAACUCUAGAAAAAAAGUUUGUAUUCAAUUUUCACAAUAGUGAUAACUUUAACAGUAAUGAUUUAGAGGAAGACUAACAAGGACAAAAAUAAAUUUGUGAAACUAGACUUAGACUAAAAUAGUUAAAAUUAUUUGCAAUGUAAGCAUUUUCAAUGCUUGAAGAAUGUUUUAUUUGGAAAUUUAAAAAUAAAAAGAAUGGUAUGUAA